GCCAGUUGCAACACCCUUCUCCAUCGCCCCGAGCAAGUGGGCCCAGUAACGCAAAGGGCACAUCUACAUAGAAGAUGGCGGACGUGACGAUCGACGCCGCCUCAUUCAGCGAGAGGCUCGGGAAGCUCGUGUCACUAUGGAAGGAAAACGUAGAGCAAGCCGAGUCAGCCUGGAAUGGCGUCGGCUCCCUUUUUGCCAUUAUGGGCACUGCGGAUGAGGACAACCCAUAUCAAAAGACGGCAGCGUUGCAUACAUGGCUGCUUGGCUAUGAAUUUCCGGCCACCACCAUGCUCUUGACGCAGGACAAGUUUUACAUCUACACGUCUGCAGGCAAGGCAAAGCACUUGACUGGACUCAGCAAGAGCAGUCCUGUGCCGAUCGAGAUUUUGACAAAGACAAAAGAUGAGGCAGCCAAUCAGGCACUGCUCGAGAAGCUUGUCGGCGUGCUCAAGGACGGCAAGAAGAUGGGCAUUUUUGCCAAAGACACCUACGGCGGCAAGGCGAUUGAUGAGUGGAAUGCGGCCUUCAAAUCUGAAGAGGCUACUGUAGAGAAGGUGGAUGUCUCUGCUGCCAUUUCGCCUUGCAUGGCGAUCAAGGACAACAACGAGCUCGGCCACAUCAAAUCUGCCGCUCGAUCGAGCGUUACAGUCCUCUCUGACUUUUUCGUCGAGGAAAUGGCACGCAUUGUGGAUGAGGAACGCAAAGUGACACACUCGAGACUCGCUGAAAAGGUAGAGCAAGUCCUCGAGGACAGCAAAUUUGUGCAAAAGAUCAAGGCUGGCCCCAAUUUUGACGCCGAUCAGCUUGAGUGGUGUUACACACCGAUCAUUCAGUCUGGUGGCAAGUAUGAUUUGCGACCAUCUGCCAUGUCCAACGAAGAGCGACUGCACGGUGGUGUCAUUCUCUGCACGCUGGGUUUGCGAUACAAGUCCUACUGCUCAAAUGUCGGCAGAACGUACUUUGUCGACCCAACAGAGGAACAGACCAAGUACUACGACUUUCUCGUCAGCCUUCAAAAGCAAGCCCUCGAACUAGCAAAACCCGGCACCGUCAUCAAAGAUCUUUAUGCCGGCGUACUUGAUAUUGUCAAGUCCAAGUAUCCCGAGCUCGAGCCACACUUUGGCAAAAACAUCGGUAACGGUAUUGGUAUUGACUUUCGAGAUACCUCCCUCAUUCUCAAUGCCAAGAAUGCGCGUGUCUUGAGUGCCAACAUGACUCUCAACCUCGCACUCGGUUUCACCAACCUUGACAAUCCAAAGGGCAAGACACCCGAGUCGCGUGUCUACAGUCUCCAGCUUGUUGAUACCAUCAAGAUCCAAGCAGAUGCGCCGGCACUUGUCUUGACUGAGGCACCCAAAGCCAAGACGGAUGUAUCCUUCUUCUUCAACGACAAUGCCGACGCAGAUGAAGCACCUGCCAAGAAGGCUGCUGCUCGAACAACAGAUUCUAGCAACAUUCUGCCCAAGAAAACGCGUGGUGUCGGACGUCCUGUCACUGAGUCGAAUGAUCAGAAACGCAAAGAGCAUCAGAAGGAGCUCGCUGCGCGCUUGCAUGCCGAGGGACUCAAGCGUUUCCCAGAUGGUGCAACAACAGGUGCUGGUGAAGCGCCUGUGGCGGUCAAGAAGUUUGAGUCUUAUCGUCGAGAAGCGCAGUUGCCCUCAUCGCUGGGUGAUCUCAAGAUUGCCAUUGAUCAUCGUAAUCAGAGUAUCGUUGUCCCCAUCUUUGGUCGACCGGUGCCGUUCCACAUCAAUGUCAUCAAGAAUGUAUCGAAGAAUGAUGAAGGUGAUUUCGUGUACCUGCGCAUCAACCUCAUCUCACCAGGCCAGGUCAUUGGCAGGAAAGACGAUACGCCGUUCGAGGACCCUAAUGCCAACUUCAUUCGCAGCUUGACCUUCCGCUCGUCGGAUACGGAUCGCAUGUCUGAAAUCACCAAGGAGAUUCAAGAAAUGAAGAAGAAUGCUACUAAGAAAGAAGCUGAGCGCAAGGAACUCGCUGACGUCGUGGAACAGGACAAUUUGAUUGAAGUCAAGAAUCGUCGUCCUCAAAAGCUACUCGAUGUCUUUGUUCGACCAGGCUUGGAUGGAAAACGUGUCACGGGUGAACUUGAGAUUCAACAAAACGGUUUGCGCUAUCAAUCCCCGGUGCGUUCAGACCAUCGCAUCGACAUUCUCUUCUCCAACAUCAAGCACCUCUUCUUUCAACCUUGUGACAAUGAAUUGAUGGUCAUCAUUCAUGUGCACCUCAAGAACCCAAUCAUGAUUGGCAAGAAGAAAGCAAAGGAUAUUCAAUUCUACCGCGAGGCAUCUGAUGUGCAGUUUGACGAGACUGCCAAUAGGAAACGCAAGUACAAGUAUGGUGACGAGGAUGAGCUUGAGGCUGAACAAGAGGAACGUCGCAACCGUGCAAAGCUCAAUAAGGAAUUCCGUGCCUUUAGUGAAAAGAUCUCAGAAGCAAGCGAAGGGCGUAUUGAUGUGGACAUUCCAUUCAGAGAGCUUGGCUUUGGUGGUGUACCGUUCAGGUCGAAUGUCUUGUUGCAGCCCACAACCGACUGUCUUGUGCACUUGACGGAUGUGCCUUUCCUCGUGGUCACACUCAGUGAGAUUGAGAUUGCGCAUCUCGAGCGUAUCCAAUUUGGUUUGAAGAACUUUGACAUGGUCUUUGUCUUCAAGGACUUUACAAAGCCGCCUGUGCAUAUCAACACGAUUCCGAUGUCGUCGCUAGAUAAUGUCAAAGAGUGGCUCGACUCAACAGACAUUGUGACGUCUGAAGGUCCACUCAACCUCAACUGGGCGACCAUCAUGAAGACGGUCAAUGACGAUCCAUCUGACUUUUUUGCAGAGGGUGGUUGGGCGUUCCUUGCCAAUGACUCUGACGCUGAGGAUUCUGAUCAGAGCGAGUCUGGUAGUGAGUUUGUUGGUUCAGAGGCCGGUAGCUUCAGUGAGAGUGCAAGCGACGACGACAGUGACUUUGACGAGGACGCAUCAGAUGAUUCAGGGAGUGGCGGUGGUGGAUCGGGAAGCGAUGCUCCCAGCGAUGAUGGCAGUCUCGCAGAGGACGACGAGAGUGAUUAAUCUGAGGUCACCAUGGCCAUAUGCUGUACGUACAAAAAUGCAAUAUCACUUUCCUGUUCAAGUCUGUCUAUGGCUACUGCAGCAUUGUCCAUGUUUUGGCUGUCGUCUGACCAAUACUACAUUGUGAGCCUCGUGCGUCGAGAGUCGCUUUGUGACAUGUGGGAGCCGAAUUGGGGCGCGUGGUAGCUCAGGGGACAGUUGAAACUUGACAGGUAGUGUGAUAUUGGUUCUGUGCUGCAAUGAAUCCGAAGCAAGUUCACAGCUUCACAAGGCUUUGAUUGAGUAUUUCAACGAGCUCUCAGUCUGCAAAACAGCCCUCGUCAGCAGCGACUCUGUGCGUGCGCUGUGACUUGUUUCCUG